GUUGCAACUUGCAAUGCGACGAACAACACCGGCGUGUCCGAUGUCCAUGUUGACUCGGACGCUCUACGUUUUCCAUAUCUUACUCUUCCAUAACUGCUUCAUUCCAAACCUUACUGGAUGACGAAUGCUGUCCAUGCCGCAUCGGAGGCGGGCAACUCCACGCAAGCCUCACGUCCGCCGCCCUCUGCAGAACAGCGCCUGCAGUUGGGAACAAAACAUACGGGGACGACGGUCUUCCCGGCCUGAUUCAACGACAUCGAGCCUCUGAGGGCAAGUUCUACUCCCCGUCUUUACUGCUCACGCGCAGGGCUCCUUGUGCUGACCGUUCACUCGUUUAUACUCGCCCAUACUUCAGCUCCGUCAUGCACAGCGAUUCUCGAGCAGGCAAUCGCUUAGAGCCUCCAAAGCUACCGUUUUCCUCGCGUUCCACCUUAUCGAUAAACUCCAAGGAUGGGCUGACCUCCGGCAUGGAUACUGAGGACAAGCAUGUCUCGCUCACCGUCAACUAUCUGCCAGCAAAGUUCUCAACAGCUCUCCUCUCCGAGGGUCCAAAGCGGCGGAAGGCGUGGAGGAACAGCGAUUCUCCGCUUCCGAAGCGGGGUGGCGGGCGUGAGGCAUUCAGACGGGACGAGGCACGCAUGCCCGGAGAGGGCGACGAAGACCUCGAUGGCGUCGAGUUUGUCUUCCGCGCCGGAGGGCACCCGAAACCCAAGCAACGCUGGAAUAGGUUCAAAUGGACAUUGUUUGUCGCAAACGUCAUUUUAACCGUCUAUUCCAUUGCCGCCCUCGUCGUCUGCCUCUUGAUCUGGUUCAAUGUUUGGGAACAUGCGGACAUCAUUCGCGUGGGCAAUCAACCAGAGCUGAUCGUCUCGACGUGCGCCGCAGCCCUAGGCAUGUUCACGGCGCUCGUCGGGUGGUCCGGUAUCUUGCUGAACAACCGCGCGUUCUUGUCAAUAUACUGCGCCCUCCUCUGGGCGGUCUUCGCACUCCUCGUGACGCCGGGCUAUAUCACUUACAAGCGGCGUGCGUUUAACCUCGAGGGCAAGAUCAAUCAGCAGUGGUCGCAGCAGCUCGGGCUCGAUGGACGAAUCCGCAUACAGAACCAGCUCCACUGCUGCGGCUACUAUAGCCCGUUCAUUGAGGCUACGGCGAGCGCGACGUGCUAUGCGCGCAGCGUUCUGCCCGGGUGUAAGGCGCCGUACAUGAAGUUCGAGCGGAAGAUUCUCGAAUGGUGGUACACAGUCGUCUUCGCGCUCGCGCCUGCGCAGAUUGCGGUCAUGGUCGCGGGCCUCCUGUGCUCGAAUCACAUUACAUAUCGCUUCGGGAAGGGCAUGAUGCCUAAGGCAUAUCGACUUGACUCGCGAAGCCUUGCCAUGAUCAUGGACAACUAUGCAAGUCACUUGGCUGAAGAAUACGGCACGGAGGUCGCUUCGGACAUCGUGUCAAAAUCCCGUUCUAGCCUCAGAUUGGACGCGAUGCCUACCGUUCCCUACUCCCGCAGCAGGUCGUCUUCGCUCUUCAAUAGGGUAGACAGUUUCUUGGGCAGAGUACCUCGCAAAUGACGUAUCGACUCCCGCUUUGUGCACACGCGUUUCGCUGCAGUUCUCAUGUGUACUUAUCACUUGGCGAUCAACAUCGGGGUCUCGUAUCUUCA